AUGUCCAAGCCUGCGGAGCUCGCAGAGGUUCUCUGGCCCGGGGACAUCUCCACCGAUUUCGCAGAUGAAGUCGUCUCGAUCCUUUUGCAGCGCGGCUACUGCAAAGUGCGGGCUCCCGUUUUGGAGCAGCGCAGCAUGGUUGUGGACAUGGCCAGGCGCAAAGCCAGCUUCGCCCUGCCCCACAUGGAGCUCGAGGAGGGAUUUCUCGGACGCAGAUCUCGGAGCAAAGUCGCUUUCCUCGCCGAGGAGCCACCCGAGGAGCCUCUCAAAGGCGAGUCGGAGUCGUCCCACACGGAAGAGACCAGCUUCUCACACUCUACAGGCUGCAUUGACACCAUGUCAAACUUGGCGGAUGCCGUAGCACUUCGGAUGGGACGGGAGCUAGGCUUCGAGCCCUUGCCGCAGUUGCAGCAGCUGCUUCUGCGAGAGCCCCUCGCCCGUGGUGAACGGAGUUCCCUGGGCCCCGGGCCUCUCUCGGACGAAGAGGUGGAGCGGGGAUUGGUGGAGCAGUACGUGGGCUUCCUUCGGACUCGCCGGCUCUGUGUCCUCUACGUACUCGAGGCACAAAGGGGCUGCUUGGAGUUGUAUCCUCAUGGUGCCAAGACGGCACUCAAGGUGCCAGUGUCGGCAGACACCCUCGUUCUCUUCCGCAGCGACGAGCUAUCCUACGCCUACGUCCAAUCCGGCCACGACGUUGCGCUGCAGGGCUGGGUGGUGUCCACACAGGACCAGGUCGCUCUCGAGGGUCUUGAUGGCGACUAUGAAGGUCUGCAAGAUCUCUAUGGAGUGCCGAGGGUCCAAGGUCAACUUAUGCCCAUCGCAGACCAGGUGAACAUCAUGAGUGCGGCUUGUAAGCUGCCUGCCAGUGUGGACAGCCUCGACCAGAACUACAUAAUGUACAGUGCACAAACGGACACAUUCAUUGAAAUUCCCCUUCUGCGAUGGGAUGUCAGCCUGUACUACACAGACAAUCCGGAAGCGCGAUUUGCUCGUCUGCGAGAACUGAGUUUCUGCAGUCCACUGAAGGUCUUGAGAAGUGCUUUGAGUCAGAAUUUGCCACUCUAUGUCGCCGACAUCGGCCACGAGUUUGAUCCCUUCUUCAGGUACUUGGAGGAUCCUGACACCUGGGCCAACGGGCGGCAGUUGAAUCUGCCAUCGGCAGGAUUAAUCGCGUACCAUCUCGAUUUGAGAGGCCCAACGCUGUGCGUCGACACGGCCUGUUCGUCCUCGCUGGUGAGCUCCAAUCUGCUUUUCAACUACUUGCGCAAGAGGCCCGACCCUUCCGUGAAGGAGGCCAUCACCGCCUCCCACAUGACCUGCUUGGCGCACACGACCUUCGUCGGCUUGUCCUUCGACAACUCGGCCAACGGCUACGCGCGCGGCGAGGCCAUCACCUCCAUGGUCUGGAAGGUUCCUGACGAGGCCAAGGACGUGGAAGAACGGCUGGGCCUCUUCGUUACAGGUUUUGUGAACCAGGAUGGGCGCAGUGCGAGCCUGACGGCACCGAACGGCCCCUCGCAGCAGCUCUGCGUGCGCUCCUCCUUGCGCCUGGGAGGUUUGCUGCCUCAAGAAGUGGUGUGCACAGAGAACCAUGGCACUGGCACGGCCCUGGGAGAUCCGAUCGAGGUGGGUUCUGUCCGGGCAGUCUUUUGGAGGAAUCGGGAGACGCCAAUCAUCGUCACCACGGGGAAGUCCCACCAGGGUCACUCCGAGGCCUCCGCAGGGAACUGUGGGAUCAUGAAGAUCAUCAACACAAUCCGUCAUUGGACAGCGCCUGCCCAGUGUCAUCUUCAGCUUCUGAAUGCACACAUCGACGAUGCAGGUUUUCCCGGCCUUUUCCCUGUGGAGUGCUGCAAUCUGAGUGCCGAUGAGCGUGGCAUCAUCAGUGGCCUGAACUCCUUCGGCUUCGGUGGCACCAAUUCGCGCGGCGAGAUCUGGGCCAUGAGCCGCUCGGUAAUGCGACGGAAUGCGGACAACGCGCUUGCAAGUGUGCGGACACGCGAGGGCCAAGCGCAGGAGAUUGCCGUAACGGUUCCGUGCAUCUCGUGCGGAGAACCGAUGCACUACCUUGAUGGCCGCGCACUGCGGGGUGGUGCCGGGGCCCAUCACUGUACGGACAUCCGCGAGGAUGUGGCCUCCUACGAGACUUGCAGUAACUGCUACACCGGUGCCUACCACUACCGAGGAGCACUUGCCUGA